AAACUCGCUGGCUUCCACCGACCGCUUCACUCGCAGCACUCGUUCACUGAGACUCAGAGAGUGAGGUGACUUGAGGCGGCGGCUGGGAGCUUUGGGUUGCUGGCUUGCUGCUGCGAUGGGCUGCGCUCCGGCGGCGCAUUACCUCCCGGGGGGAGGGUGGCGGCGGCUGCUGGUGGUGGUCGUGGCGCUGGUCGUGCUCGACCGUGCCGGGGCCCGGGUCCGCGCCGCGGACGACGACACGGGCGGGCUGAGCCGGGCCGCGUUCCCCAAGGGGUUCGUGUUCGGGACGGCGACGUCGGCAUUCCAGGUCGAGGGCAUGGCGGCGUCCGGCGGCCGCGGGCCGUCCAUCUGGGACCCCUUCGUCCACACCCCAGGGAAUAUUGCGGGAAAUGGGAAUGCAGAUGUUACUACAGAUGAAUAUCAUCGCUACAAGGAAGAUGUUGAUCUCUUGAAAAGCCUGAAUUUCGAUGCAUAUCGGUUUUCAAUCUCGUGGUCAAGGAUUUUCCCUGAUGGAGAGGGAAAAGUUAACACGGAAGGUGUGGCAUAUUACAAUAAUCUAAUAGAUUAUGUAAUUAAGCAAGGGCUUAUUCCUUACGUCAAUCUGAACCACUACGAUCUCCCACUUGCACUUCAGAAAAAGUAUGAAGGCUGGUUAAGCCCAAAAAUUGUUGGUGUAUUUUCGGACUAUGCUGAGUUUUGUUUCAAGACAUAUGGCGAUCGAGUCAAGAACUGGUUUACGUUUAAUGAGCCAAGGAUAGUAGCAGCACUUGGCCAUGAUACAGGGACAGACCCACCUAACCGAUGCACCAAGUGUGCUGCCGGUGGGAACUCAGCAACAGAGCCAUAUAUUGUUGCUCAUAAUAUCAUCUUAUCUCAUGCUACUGCAGUUGAUAGAUACCGUAACAAGUUCCAGGCAAGUCAGAAAGGCAAGAUCGGAAUAGUUCUCGAUUUUAAUUGGUAUGAACCUCUAACUAACUCAACUGAAGACCAAGCAGCAGCUCAAAGAGCCAGAGACUUCCAUGUUGGUUGGUUUCUUGAUCCGUUAAUAAAUGGACAAUAUCCAAAAAAUAUGCGAGAUAUUGUGAAAGAAAGAUUACCUACUUUCACGCCUGAACAAGCUAAGCUAGUCAAGGGCUCCGCAGAUUAUUUUGGGAUCAAUCAAUAUACUGCUAACUACAUGGCAGACCAACCAGCACCUCAGCAAGCAGCAACUAGCUACUCAUCUGAUUGGCAUGUUUCAUUUAUCUUUCAACGAAAUGGCGUACCAAUUGGACAGCAGGCAAACUCUAAUUGGCUUUAUAUCGUUCCGACUGGCAUGUAUGGAGCUGUGAACUACAUAAAGGAGAAGUAUAAUAAUCCAACAAUCAUCAUAUCUGAAAAUGGAAUGGAUCAAUCUGGAAAUCUCACUCGUGAAGAGUUCCUGCAUGACACCGAAAGGAUUGAGUUCUACAAGAACUACCUCACUGAACUGAAGAAAGCCAUCGACGAUGGUGCAAAUGUGGUUGCGUACUUCGCAUGGUCUCUUCUCGAUAACUUCGAGUGGCUGUCAGGUUACACAUCAAAGUUCGGCAUUGUCUAUGUUGAUUUCACUACUCUCAAACGGUACCCCAAGGACUCAGCCAACUGGUUCAAGAACAUGCUGCAGGCAUCAGGGCCUGGCUCAAAAUCUGGUUCAGGCACUUCAGAUUCUCAAGUUGGUUCAGCAACUUCAGCAAGCCAUCCAGUUGGUUCAGCCAUCUCAAGUAGCCAUCGGCUCUUGCUUCCCCUGUUGGUUUCCUUGCAUUUUCUUUUCCCUUCCUUCUUCAUGUUUUUAUCCCUGUAGAAGUAGCAAUUUAGCAGUGAUUAAUAAGUAGUGGAUGCCAGCAGUAUGUUCGCUUUAAAAAAUGUGCUGCAGCUAAGAGGAGCUGAGAGAGACCAACCUGAAGGCCAUCUUGUUUAAUUUUCGCGUGCUUUUCGCCAGUAGUGAGCACUAUGAUUCAGAACCAGAUUUGUAGUACUUGUGGUGAUUACGCUAUUGUGUGUUUCAGUGUUUGUAUUUGUAGUAUGUAUUGAUUAAACUACAUCAACUUUUCGGGUUCAGAACUUCAGA